GGCAACCUUUAGCUUCAUCACAUGAAAGACCGAGAGGUAAGAGCUUGGCCAUCUUAUCACGGGUAUGGUGACCGUCAUCUCGGAACAAGAUGGAAAUGUGGCGCCGAUCAUCUCCGAUUUCCGAUCGUCCACAUCCUUAUCAGGCAACGGCAGGUGGUGUCUCAUGUUUCAUCCACACAUCGCUCUCGCUCCUUGCCACUACGUCUCUGCCGCCUCAUCCUGAAUCCCUUCUACUCGAAAGACUCUGCCACCGAUCUCUGAGUCUCUGACGCUGUGACGCAAUGAGUUCCGGCUCGUUAAUCGCAUCCGCACCUGGCUCACACGACCAGCACAUCAACCCCCCCAUUCUUCCAUCACCGACGUCCGCCACCCUCUCAACCCUCGAUCACUCUGCCUAUCCGCACAUAUUUGAGGGCGUACUCAGCUACGCAACUCCCGAGACCCUUCUUGUGGUGGAGCGCACAGGCCGAGGCGUUCGCGAGCUUGUGCACCCACAUCUCUAUCGACACAUCGCCUUGGAAGCUAGCGCACAUGGCCGCGGCGCCGUUGUCCGAUUGCCUUGCGAACCAUAUCGCGUUCUCAGCUCGUGGAAUGACUUCCCGAAAAGAGACGAACGUGAUGACGGCGACUGGGGAGAUGAACCUUUGCGGGCGGCGUUGGCAAUGACACAAUGCAUCGAUCUUGGCGCGCCCGUCCGGUGGCAGACAGCACAUUUUCCCGCCCCCGCACUCCAGAUAUUACGGACAAGCCUCGCCUCUGUUGCUUACUUUCCGCCAUGGCCUCCCUCGCCUCCUCGUGCGGUCUUAGCUCCCAAAGGCUAUCGGGCCUUCUCCGACUGGGAGCGUGUGCGCGCGCGGGUCUUCGUCACGCACAUGGACCUCCACACAUCGCCGGCUCAGCCGUCUUGGCUUUAUGAUCUCGAGUACAGCGACGAGGAAGAGGGAUCACAGUUCUAUGCGUCGCGUCCCAGCACCGUGCUCCAGGUGCGAAUGCCUCCCGAAACACGACGGCUUGUGCUACACCUGCACUGGGCGGGCGCGCUGCGCCCAGGAAUCGACAUCCAGAUCUCCCCGCAGGGCCUAGAGGAGCACGCAGACGUCGUGGUCGUCCUGCACCCACCAGCAGCGGAGAACACGGCCGACGAAAGUGCUGUCGACGAAGGGUGGUUCGCCACGCUCCUGCAGCACCUCGUCAAGGUCGCUGUGCAGCGGCGCGCGCGCAUCGCGAUCGUGGGCGUCGAGGCGUGUUCUGAGCCUGAUUUGGGGAUGCGCCAGCGCCCUAGUUAUGUGCCCAAGUGGCAGCGCAAGCCGCACAAACCCCAGUCGCCCCGCCGCGGAGAGGAUCUCGUCGCUGCUGUCGCUCGCCUCCUUAAUGGCACGUGCGAGCGCGCAUGGUGCGACGUCACCGGAGAGCAGAUGGAAGCAUGCCGGGCCAUGUGGGCGCUCGGGGCAUCUGAUGUCGAGGGGCUGAGUGGCCAGAUCCGCCUUCUGAGUGCAGAGGAGUGGGCUCGCACAGCCGAUCCGCGGGAAAGUGCGCCAAUGCCCAUGGCAAGCCGCGUCGGCGCCGCGUCGCGUAUGGAGUAGUGGGAUGCAUCUUCAUAGUGGGCAUGACAUAUUGCUUGGCAAG